AUGAUGUUAUCGCCCGCUGAAAGGGCGUAUCUCUUUGAUUCAUUGGCACUUACGCCUCCUAUCCGUCCAGAUGGAAGAAAAGCAUUCCAGUUUAGACCUUUGGAAGCGAAAACGGCUUUCCUACCGAGCUCCAACGGCUCUGCCAGAAUUAGAAUGGUGGACGGCAGUGAAUGUAUUGUCAGUGUUAAAUCCAAGGUAGUUUUGAUUUCCAAGGAACCAAAUUUGAUAGAAUGUGACAUAGAUGUCUCCGGAUUCCGUGAUGACCUGAACUUUGUUCUGAACUUGAAGUUCAAUAUGACCAACCUCUUCGAGAAGAACUUUCCAACCAAAAACUUGCAUCUUACAUCAAAAUACAGCUACAAGCUUUUCAUCGAUUGCAUUGUUGUGUCGCAUCAGUGUUAUCCAUUAACUUUAAUCAGUUUGACUUCAUACCUCGCACUCAGUUCUACGAGAUUGCCUUUAUUGGUUUCUGAAACCGACGAUGCAGAAAUCGAAGAGCAACCUACUUUCUCCGAUGACUGGGAGAACUCUCAGUUCUUAUCGGAUGUCUUCAAGUUUGAAAAAUUCCAGCCACCAUUAUUUCUUACAUUCGGUGUAGCUGGCAAAAACGUUAUCAUGGAGCCUUCCGUUCAAGAAGAGCAAGUCUUGGAGAGCGGUAUAAUUUUGGGCUGGUACGACAACAAGGUGAUCUCUCCAAUUUCAAACAUCAACUUAGCAACAAACUCUAAUAAUCUGAACUUGAAGGGUAUUCAGCCAUCCAUUCUUCUUCAAGCAGUGGGUUUGGCAAAAAAGUAUAGUGCAGAAAUUGUUUCCGCUCUUGAUGCGGUAGUCGAACAGGAUCUACAAGAUCAGGAUGGAACCAUGUUCUAA